AGACAUUCCCGCAUGUGAUUGGCCGCUUGCAGGGUAGCCGGCCAAUGAGCAUGCGGCUUUUUACUGAAUGACAAUUCAGGAACUCCUGCUCACACACCGCAUGUAGCGCAAAGAAGGAGGCGUAAACACUGACACAGCUAGGUAGCCAGCAAGGUCAUGGAGAUGAACAGCAGCAGCGAGUGCUUCGGAUGUGGCCGCUCUGGUCACUGGAUUAAGCAUUGUCCCAAUGCCAGUGCUGGACGUGGACGCGGCCGGGCACGGGGACGAUCCAAGGAGCUGUUUUGCUAUCGUUGUGGAGAACAAGGACACAUGGCCAGGGAGUGUGACCAAACUGAGGAUGUCUAUCACACACAGGGGGAGAGAAGCGGUUUCCAUAGUUCAUCUGCCGCUCCACAAGCGUGCUACAACUGCCGCGGGACUGGUCACGUUUUCCGGGACUGCAAGGAGCCCAAAAAGGAUAGGGAGCAGCUCUGCUACACCUGCGGCAAAGCUGGUCACGUUGCCCGUGAUUGUGAUCAUGCCAACGAGCAGAAGUGCUACUCCUGCGGUGGGUUUGGCCACAUCCAGAAACUUUGCGAGAAGGUGAAAUGUUACAGGUGUGGCGAGAUCGGUCACGUCGCUGUGAACUGCGGAAAAGCUUGCGAGACUAACUGCUACAACUGCGGAAAGGCGGGCCACCUGGCAAAAGAUUGUUCCAUGGAAGCCACCGCAUAAUCAGUGCCCUCUGUUGCCCCUCCUUUUUUCAGAUUGAUGGUUGGUUGUAUUAUUUUCUCUGAAUCCUCUUCGCUGGCCAAAGGUUGGCUAACAGAGGCUAGUUCCAGGCCAGUGAGCCUCUCAACAUAUACAAUGAAAGGGGUUGAAAAAAUAUCUUUCUGCAUUCAAUACAAAAAUGUUUUAGUUUGGUAGCGGUGUUAUGUAUAAUGCUUUGUAAAAGAACCCCCCUUUCCAAGCCACUGGCGAUCAGAGAUCAAUAAAAUGGGACUACACACAUGGGCAUCUAUAGGACCUCUGAGCUUGUGGACGUGAGUCUCUCUAAAAUGAGACAGCUGACGGGAGUAAAUAGAAACCGAACUUCCAUGUAUGGUUAUUUUGGUUUGUUUAAGUGGGAUAUGAGUUGGCCAAGAGAGUAUGGUUUUGAACAUUUCACAACCUGAAGAAUUUCUGCCCAAUAAGCAGCCAAGAGGGUGAUAACAAACUACAUGUUAUAUUGUUAAGCUAUACAAUUUUGGAGGUGUUAAAAGAAACAAGUUCUUUUAUAGAAGUCUGUUUACAAUUUAAAUAUCAUGUAACAGUCCAAGGUAGACUUUUCCUUUUAAUAAUGGCUUUGGAGUUUGUUUGUUUUUUUACCUUGGAAAAAAAUUAACAUCUACAGUUGUCAGAACAGCAGAAUCAGGAGUUAUUUGGGAACGAAAAAUCUUUUCACAGAAAACAAAAUGUUAUUUUUGUACAAUAUCACUUAGACUACUGUAUAAAUACCAUUUGCUUGUACUCAGUUUUUAAGUCGGAAGGAAAGUGCAACUGAAGUCCUAGAAAAUAGAAAUGUUAGAAAUUUUAAACUAUCAAUAAAGUUGGAGGAGCACGGGGA